CCAGUUGUGACUCCUCACAUUAUCUCAAUUUAUAUUCGGAUUCGUUCAAUUGUUCAUCGAUAUUCUCGUGCCUAUAUUGCCAUAAUUCGGGAGUAAUUAGUGAGAGAACGAUGACGAGCUACGUGUGUUUACCUCAACAAUACGACAUCCUGGAUUCGGAGGGCUACGGCUCGGCGAGCAGCCCAGAAUCCAAUCCAAGAAGCUACUGGCAGAUCCAAGAGUCCUACCCCCAACCCCCUAGAUCAAGGGGCAGUAGUUGCGGUAGUGUCAGCUCAAUUGACAGCCACAGCACCCAGGACUAUCGAAAUUUGGAAACAGCAACGGGCUCGGGUAUUCUCGCCUCCAUGACACCCAACACCUUCAACUUUGCUGAGUUCUACGAGGGAUACAAUCGGGAAGCCACCAAGUGUCAUGAAGUCGAUGAACGCAUCAACUUCCGAACAAUCUUCGAUGAUGCUUAUGAAGCUGACUACACAAGUGUCAAGAGUCUUGGGAAUUUCAAUCACAAUCACAAUCACAAGAGCAUCAAUGAUCAGCAGGGAAGUGAUGCACUCAUGAAGGCUACGAUGUACCAGGAGAACAGCAAGAUGGAAGCUACCAGUGCUUAUGGAAAAUCCGAUUCGACGUACAUCAGUGGUAGCUACGAUCAGAGAGGUGAUAUGGAUAUAAUGAGAAGCAGAUGUAGCGGUCACAUGCAGAUGAGGUACAGAAGGGAUGUCGAGGAUUCGAUGAAAGACACACCUUAUGAAGUGCAAAAGACCAAGGACCACAUUCAGAAGAUAAAGACUGGUGCACCGGGAGUUGAGGUGAUGAAGAAGAGACGAUUGGCAGCUAAUGCUAGAGAGAGGCGACGUAUGAACAGUCUCAACGAUGCAUUCGAUAGACUGAGGGAUGUCGUACCGAGUCUCGGUAAUGACAGAAAGCUCAGCAAAUUUGAGACCCUCCAAAUGGCCCAAACCUACAUAGCAGCACUUUACGAAUUACUUCAACGAGAAUGACGUGAUCAUCGAUUCAAUAGUUGUGAUCUUCAUUUCAUUGUUGACUGUAUCUUCAAGGUAGACAAAAGUUAAUGUAAAUAAUUCGAUACUUUAAAUUGUUCUCGUGUAAAUAAUCCAUUUGAUUUUUAACUUAUUAAUGAUAUUAGAGGCAGUACUUUGUAAAUAAGAUUUUUCGUUAUUUAUCUUUAAGAAUGAUAAACCUGUUCGCCAUAAGAAUGAUAAUCAUUUUCUGAAUAGAAUGCAAAUGCAACUAGUGAGAGAGAAUAUUUAAUUUUUUUCUCUCAAAUAUAAAACGUAAAUACCCGUCGACGCAAGAGUCCCACAUUCACUUGGCAGUCAAUCACAAUUAAAUACAAUUUUGUUGCGGGAUGGAAGAGGCGAGUGUGUAGAUGCUAACAAAAAGAGAGCAAAUUGAAAUCUUUCUAGCUGACGGGAUGAUAGAUGGCUGAGGAAUUUUAAAAACUCCCAGUGCUUCAACCGUCAUCUCUAACGUUUGUUUUUAAUAAAUGAUGCGUUACUUUCCUCAAUUGUACAUAUUAGUUGUAAAUCAUCAUCAAAACAAUAAGACUAUUUCGGUGAUGUUUGAAAGAAAUUUGAAGAUCGAAUAACUUCAUGUGCGGCCGCCAAUAAGAAUCAGAGGAGGUGAACAUCACGAUUCACUAAUCGUUUCUCGGUGGUAACAUCUCCAUUUGCCUCGUCGUUGUGUAUGUGUUGGGGGACCCCCAGGACAAACUGGACAGACCGCGGGUGUUUUAUUGUAUCAACGUCAUUCGUCUUACCUUACACCCUGACGAAAGCGUAACAUGUUGGCUUCUCACGGCGCACCAUCACCCAAUCGUUGAAUAUUUCGCACCCGUGACCACAUCACAUCGUGUUUUUACGCCAUGAAAAAGAUAAACAAAAAAUAAUGAUUAUUACAAAAUUGGAGUGUUCCUCUAGAAUAAAUGUGACUUAAUUAUAAGAAUU